CCCUCGCAAUCGGUCCAACGCGCAUCCUUUCGGGAUUCCCUCCUUCUUGAAAAGGAGAGAAAAAAAAGAAGUUUGUCAUCCUUCAAAGGAAUCAUUGUGAAGGAUUUUAGGGGGGAAAAGGGAGGACUUUUCAUUGUUUUCCAUUGCAAGUUUUCCCCCUUUUUUCUGUAUAAGUGUGAGCAUUUUUCAACAAAGAUAACGAUAGCGAUUCAUUUCCCAGUGGAGAAGAACCAUCAGAAGUUGGGAUUAAUGUGACCUAAGCGGACUUGUACAACGAACGAAUAGCUUUCCAAGUGAUAAACAAAAUAAUGCAACAAAACCAGUGAUAUUAGCAAAAAAAGAGAGAAAAAAUCAAGUCAUGUUCAACAAAGGUUAAGAAAAACCAAACCAACCAAAAUGUGAUCAGUGAAACUCUGCAAAAAGUCUCAAAAGCCAACAUCGCCGCUACAUCUAACACGCUUUCAACUCGAAAACCACGUGGCACGCGUCAACACGUGGGACACAAGCCUGGACUGGACCACGGGUCACCCUUCGUCGGAACACCUGCACCAGAAUCGCUCCUCCCAGCUGCACCACAUCCACCACCAGUACCCGUACCAGUACCACCGUUGCUGCUCCCCGAAGGUGACCUUUGACGAGGCCCAGCUGCUCGAGAUGGAAUCCGUAGGCCACGUGACGGUUCCGCUGCGUGUCGGCGGCAAAAAGAUGCGCAAACGGCGCGAACUCGAUGCCCUGGUGGCGCACUCGCUGGCCAAAAGCUCAGGAAAACAUCGCCACAUUGCCGGAAACGGAAUUGCCUCCCACGACCAGCUGCUGUCCAACUCGACCGACGAACAGGAAGACUACUCUUGGCAGCCCAAGGUACGCGCCCAGAGCCGGUGCCGGAGGAAGCGGUUCUCCUGUGUCCGCACCUGCGGUCCCCUCGUCCUCGUGUCCUGCAUCUUCCUGUCCCUGGGUUUCAUGUACUGGCUGUACUUUGACAUCAGGCAGCAGGUCUCCGAGUACCGGAUUCGCAUCGAGCAAGUAUCAGCCACUAGUCAAAACGUGCCGGAAGCCUUACAGAAAUGGCACGAAACGUCGAAAAAUCUCGAGCAGAACCAAACGGCCCUGAACGGGAAGCUGCGCGACAUCCAGCAAGCGAUGGGCAACUUUUCCACGGAGCUCAAACAGCUCCGCGACACGAUAGAGAAGAAGAACGAAAACUCGCAGGAAACCCAGCUCAACACCCUCCAGUCGAACGUGGCCAAGCUGGGCUCGAGCCUCAACGAUGCCAUCACGCGGAUACAGGUUCUCGAGGAACACCGGGUCAAAUCGGAGAGCGAACAGAAAACCCUCACCAAGAGCGUCGAAGAUCUUCAGACCCUGUUCGCCCAAAUCCGGAACGCGUCAUCGCUGGCGACAUCGCUGGACGGCAGCGCUGCGGCCGCGGCCAACAACGUAACGGAGCAGAACAUUGCCAACAUCCAGCGCGAGCUGACGGCCCAGAUCGAGAACCUGUCGAAGAACUUCACCGGUGAGCUGGAGAGUCUCAGGCAGAAGAGCACGUGGCUCAGAACCGACCUGGUCAAGAACAAGGCCAGUAUCGACGAGUUGAUCGAGAACUCGGCCAACAUUUCUUCGCACGUCAAAUCCGUGGAGAACAUCUGGGUCGAGAUGAAGGCCAACCUGAGCACGCUGGAGGGUGGCUCGAAGGCCAUCGGAGACCAGCUGGAGGGUCUGCAGAACGUGACCAACGCGAUGAAGGUCAGCAUUGGGUCGGUACGGGACGAGUGUGAAAGGUACCACGGCCAGUCGGACACCAUCAAUGGGGAAUUGGGGGUGCUCAAGUUGCGGCUAGAGAAGGUUGAGCAAAAGGAGGUUGUUCCCCCGGCGACGGCGGCAACGGUGAAUGUUACUGAGCAACCACCUCCCAAGGACCCUAUCCCGAACAAGCUCAACCAGCUUUUCAACAACAACAGUCAACCAACGCCAUCCGCGGUCGACGCACAGAAGCAACCCGCGUCCGCAACGACAUCAACGGCCACGCCAUCGUUACCGGCAGCUGGCAACACUUCCCCAACGGCCACGUCCAGUAAUGCCAGCGCCGCCGCCGCCGCAGCCGUUGCAAGCGGAAUGUAAGUCAGUCAGUUGAGCCAUUUUUGCCAAUUCUAUGCACUCUUUCCAAAAACACACCCCACAAGAUGUAUUUUUAGAUGAAAAGCGCUCAGAGCGAUUUUUUGGGAAUCCCUGAAGAAAAAAACAUUUAUGAAAAUGUCAAUGCAAAAACAUGCAAAACAACCUGUUAAAUUAAGUUUUAGUGUUACACACGAACCAAAGUUGUGUUUUUAGGUGUAAUUUUCAUACGUAUGAUUGAUAAAUUAAACAAAAACCAGAAUGAUAUAAACUCUACACUAGCACACACCAAUACACGUGAAACAUACCUAGGGUCAUCAGUUUUAAGGUUGAAAGUCUUUCCUUUUAGUUGUGGAAGUUAGUUUCAUUGUAGAGUUCUAGUUCGAAAACUUUAAAGAAAUAAAUAGGUGAAACAGCAAAACAACAAAGUCAAACAGAAUCAAACUUAAAGAAAUAACACAGUCAACAAAACUCACGAAAUAAGCAAGAGAAAGAGAUUGAACCUUUAAAAACUAUUUAGAUAAAACGAGUGCAGUAUUUCGAUUUUCCCCCAAAAAAGUUAGUGAACAUCCAUUUUUAGCAACAUCGAAAUCUAUUUAAUCAAAUCUUCUAAUAGGAAAGUGAAAGAAUUAAAACAACUGAGAGGGAGAGUUAGAAAAUUAGCGCAGUGAAGUUGAAAAAAAAACUCAAUCAAACGAAGAAGAUGGAAGGGAAAACAGUACAAGUACCUUUAAACAUGCGCCAGCAAAAGCAAAAAAAUAUCGCAAAUUUAAACGAUGAUUUUAUUAGUGAUAGAAGAAGACAUCUACUCCAUUUUGUCCGCUAGCAUUUCGAGUUAUCCGCCGUUUCUCCGGUGCAAACAUUACAUAGAAAGCAGCUUUUGGCAAGCUACACUAGCAAUUACCGACACAACAAUACGUAUGAUAAGUUUUGCAACUAGAAAUUAAAAGAAAACACACACACACAAUUUGUGAAGCAAACCUGAAUGAACACGAAGGAUGAACGUUUCCAUGCACUUUUGAGUACGCGCACGUUUUUGAUUGUGUUGAGAAAGCAAAAAGGUCGAAUUAUUUGAUAACACCAUUUUUUAAAAGGUAAAACCGCCAACUUUUGUACUUAGUUUCUCCUCCUCCUCGAGUGGCGUCUUGUUGUAAAAAAAAAAUAAAGAAAAAUGCGUAUAUAUUUCGAGCAAAACAAAAAUAAAACAAAACACAAUAGAAAAAAAAAAGACCCAAAAAAACGAUUUGCAUUCUGAUGUAGAUACCUUUUCCCGGAACGUGAGAAAAAAAAACUACGUGCAAACCAAAACAGUAAAAGAGAGAAAAGAAACAAAUCCGUUGUUGGACUAUGCGAGCAAACCUAUGAAAUAAACAACAAAUUCACAUGAGCAA